AUGAACUCUGACAUAGCUGCUAUCUUAGAUGAUUCUGAUAUUUCAACUGUGACUGAUGAAACUGAGGAUGUGCAAUGGAGCUUUGCUGCUGCAAACAAAGAUGUGGAAGAUGAAACCCAGAUUCUGAGCAGAAACCCCAAAAAAUCAAGGGUGGGUGGUAUAGCUGGGAAUAAGAUUACUCAGCGUUUAAACUGA